AUGAGUAUUAACAUUUUUGGCGAUCAAGUUACUGAAGAAAGGGCUGAAAAUGCUCGUAUGAGUUCAUUUGUUGGUGCAAUUGCUGUUGGUGAUUUAGUUAAAACCACUUUAGGUCCCAAAGGUAUGGAUAAACUAUUGCAAAGUGCUUCAACUGGUAAUGCUAUUGUUACUAAUGACGGGGCAACCAUUUUGAAAUCUAUACCAUUGGACAAUCCCGCAGCAAAAGUUUUAGUUAAUAUUAGUAAAGUCCAAGACGACGAAGUUGGUGAUGGUACCACUAGUGUUACCGUGUUAUGUGCAGAGUUAUUAAGAGAAGCUGAGAAAUUAAUCGAACAGAACAAAAUACAUCCACAAACUAUCGUUGACGGUUAUAGAAUUGGUAGCAAAGUUGCCUUGGAAGCUUUAGAAAAGGUUGCUGUUGAUAAUUCAAAAGAUGCAAUUAAGUUUAAAAACGAUUUACUGCACAUUGCCAAAACCACAUUAUCGUCCAAGAUUUUGUCUCAGGAUAAGGACCAGUUUGCGAAUAUGGCUGUUGAUGCAAUUUUAAGGUUAAAGGGUUCGACUAAUUUGGAACAUAUUCAAGUUUUAAAAAUUAUAGGUGGAAAAUUGAGUGAUUCAUUUUUAGAUGAAGGUUUUAUUUUGCCCAAGGUUUUUGGUAAUAACCAACCUAAGAGGGUAGAAAAUGCCAAAAUUUUAAUUGCUAAUACGUCUCUAGAUACAGAUAAAGUUAAAAUUUUUGGUACUAAAUUUAAAGUUGAUUCUACCUCAAAAUUGGCUGAUUUAGAGAAGGCUGAGCGUGAAAAGAUGAAGAACAAGAUUGCCAAAAUUGCUAAGUUUGGCAUCAACACUUUUAUUAACAGACAAUUAAUUUAUGACUAUCCAGAGCAAUUAUUCACCGACUUACACAUUAAUUCCAUCGAACAUGCUGAUUUUGAAGGUGUUGAACGAUUAGCCUUGGUUACUGGUGGUGAGGUUGUUUCCACGUUUGACAACCCGGAAAAAUGUAAAUUGGGUGAAUGUAAAUUAAUCGAAGAAAUUGUUAUUGGUGAAAAAAAUUUAAUUAAAUUCAGUGGUUGCAAAGCCGGUCAAGCUUGUACUAUUGUUUUAAGGGGUGCUACUGAGCAAGUUUUGGAAGAAGCUGAGAGAUCUCUACACGAUGCAUUAAGUGUUUUAUCUCAAACAACAAAAGAAACAAGAACUGUUUUAGGUGGUGGCUGUUCGGAGAUGAUAAUGUCUAAGGCUGUUGAAACUGCUGCCCAAAACUGCGAGGGCAAAAAAUCCUUGGCUGUUGAAUCUUUUGCACGCGCUUUAAGACAAUUACCUACUAUUUUGGCUGAUAAUGCUGGCUAUGAUAGUAGUGAAUUAGUUACUAAAUUGAGAUCCUCCAUUUACAAUGGUAUGUUAACCUGUGGAUUGGAUUUAACGAAUGGUACUGUUGCUGAUAUGAGGGAAUUAGGAAUAAUUGAAAGUUAUAAAUUGAAAAAUGCUGUCGUUAGUUCAGCAAGCGAAGCAGCUGAAGUUUUACUAAGGGUCGACAAUAUUAUUCGUGCUAAGCCUAGAACAGCAGAUAGACAAAGAAUGUAG